AUGUCUCAUGGCACACUAUGCGAUCAUCUUUACAAGUCUCAGAAUCCACCUUUGCCAUGGAACCUAAGGCUCAAGAUUUGCAUUGGGGCUGCACGAGGACUACAUUACCUUCAUACAGGUGUAAAGUAUUCAAUCAUUCACCGUGAUGUGAAGACAGCCAACAUAUUGUUAAAUGACGAAUGGGUAGCCAAGAUUGCAGAUUUUGGGUUAUCAAGGGUAGGCCCCACCACAGCCUCAUGCGAACACGUUUACACUGAGGUGAAGGGUACUUUCGGAUAUUUAGAUCCCGAGUAUUACAAGCAUCGUAAACUGACUGACAAAGCCGAUGUUUAUUCUUUUGGAGUGGUGUUGUUUGAGGUGUUGUGUGGAAGGCCUGCUGUGAAACAUGUGAUAUCAAUUGUAGAUGAAGAAGAUCACGAGAGGGCUUCCUUAGUUGAGUGGGCACUCCGUUGCUAUCGAAAUGGAACCAUUGAUCGGAUGAUUGACCAUCAUCUAAGAGGAAAGAUAGCACCUCAGUGUUUAACUGUGUUUGUGGAUGUCGCAGUGAAGUGCUUGGCUGAAACAGGAUCUAAACGGCCAUCAAUGAGUGAUGUAUAUUGA